GCCGAGCAGUUGUCGACGAGCUACGGCUGCAAGCGGUCGUGUUGUAGUUGAGCAGCGCUCAUCGCCUUUUAAAUUCUACAUUUUGAAUAAAAUUGGGCCGAGUGACUUAAAAUCUCGCUCUAUACUAUUAACUCAGUGACAAUAGCUGGCUGGCACUUCUGGUCAAAUUGGGCCUAAACGCUCGCUGCACCAACAGACGGCCAACAGUGGUAGUAGUGUCGUGUUGCAUGAGUGACGUGCAGUCGUCUUAGUUGUCGUCACCAUCACCAUUGCCGUCAUGGUCGUCGUUUUCGUUUGUGUUGUAUGAAACGAAAUUGAACGCAAAGAUAAAAGGAAAACAGGAUAAUAAGGAUAACAAGCAGACACAUUGCGACAGGCAGUGCAAAGUUGUUAAUAUUGAAUGAAUCAAUUAUUUUAAUGCUCAAGCCUUGCGCAAAUAGUGAAAUGUUUCGUGUAAAAUCGAAUGAGUUCAAGGCAAAAAUUUACUUAUGCAAAUAACGAGUGUAAAAUUUUAAAUAAACGACAACAAAUUUUAAAUAAAAGGAAAAACUGAGUGUCAAUAGACUGCCAGCACGUUAUUGUUGGUUUAGAAAAAAGUGAUUUUUUUCUUCUGUGAAAAUUAUUUUCGAUUUUUCUGCAUUGCUUUGGCAUAAAAAAUUCAAAAUAUAUAUAAAAAUUAACACACAUACACACAAAUGAGUUAUGUGAAAAUAAGUUUCGCAAAAUACAAAAUAAAUUGAGAAAAAAUAAUCGAAUUCGUGGUCGGCCAGAAAGUUAGUAAGUUUGUUUGUGCCCCUUUUAUUUGUGGUUUCCGUAGCGAUACAAUUUGUGCUUUGUGUUUGUUGUUAGCAUGGCAACGUUUCGUUUCGACGACUCAAUUGGCUACACGCGGCUUUUGUAGUAGAGGAUAAUGCAAGAGUAUUGACCUAAACCGAUUGAGCAGAAAAUCAUACACACACACAAAUACACGCACAAGACAAUCGGGGUUGUGGAUGCUGAUGAUAUGUGGUUGGUUGGUUGGUUGGCAACAUUGGAAGCAAACAAUGAGUGAGUGUUGCAAUUUACCAGAAGUCAGUAACCAGCUCUUAAGUUUUUGAUUGGUGCGCAAAAGGAAGUGAACGGGGCGAAAAAUUUAGUGAAGUGCAGAGUAAAAUCUAAACUUCGCCAAAAGGCAGUCAUCAAAAAUGCAAAUCCAUUUCAUAUUGCAAGUCAGCGAAUGGUAAUAAAAAACACAUAACUGCUAGGAGAAUAACACUCGCAAAACUCUGUGAGCCAGGCAGUCACAAGCAAGCAGCUCUAUUACAUGCACAGUGUCGAUAGUCGAAGAGAUAAAUCUAAGGACGUAACCAAUAAGGUGGGAGUAAACAGAGUAUCCCGAAAGGAAAUAAACAAUUUACGCAAAUGAUAAAAGUUAAUAAAACACUUAAGCGGAUUUUGCGACAGCAAUAGCAAAACGACAACAAAAAGCUCGGAAAAACCAGCAAAAACAGGUGGCGAACAAGAAAAGAAUACAAGAAAAAAUAAAACUAAGAUAAACGAAACUGUGACAAGAAGGAAUUGUACAGCGUAAACGAACGGCAUGCAGCAGAAAACAUAAAAAAGAAGAGUAAAAAGAAAAUAUAUUGCAUUUUGUAAUAGCAAAGAAUAAUCAAUCAAUAGCACCAGCAGACAAGCAAUAAGAAAUAAGAGACAACGAGCCGAAGAGGGUGGAGCAAUUGAAAAAGCAACGAUUUAUAAAAAAAGUAGUGGCACCAAGGACAUAAAUAACUGCUGAAGUAACUGAUAGUGCGCCAGAAACAAAACAAAAAAAAUACGGAAAACGAUAAAUACUUAGCGUUGGGAAUUGAGCUGGGAGUUCGCCUCUCUCCGCCCCAAAACUCUGGUGCUGUGCUCAGACCUUUAAUGCAAAUUACUUGAAAUAAUCUGCAGGGAGAUGACGAAAAAAAGACGCUUGUUGACAGUGGCAGCAAAAGAAGUAGCGCAAAAUGCCUGCGCCAAUGUGAGUAGCGAAAGAAUUGUGAAUAUCAAGAGGCAAAGCGAGCAAAGUUGUGGUGAUGGUGCGCUAGUGGCGGUGCAGUCCGAUGCCGAUGCAGUGUCAGCUGUGCAGUUGAUCACGACAACGAUGGGGCCAAUUAAGAAUGCGCGAACAAGCAGUCAAUGCUACAACAAAAAUUAUUACUACAAUAAAAUCGUGAAUCGACCAAGUCAUAGCAAUAAAACACAUUGCGGUGUUGGCAACAACAACAUGAAUAGUUGCUACAGAAAUCAGUACUGGAGCGAAAGCGGCAGCAGUAAAUCCGAUUGCUGUGCCAAUUACAACAGCAAAAUGUUGACGACAUGUAGUGAAAAUGUUGGCACGCAAUAUGCAAUAUAUCCGCAGGAUACGGCUAACGACGAUGCGCUGGGUGGCAAGGAUCAACGAACUGUAAUAAGGCUGCUGCAGGAAAGUGAACUGCAGGCGGAAAAUGUGCUGCAGGAAGGUGGUGACGAUGAUGAUGAUGCUGCUGCGUCAGCAUGGCGUCAGCCAAUGCAUAAUAAAAACAAACAAAAAGGCAACUACAACCACACAUAUGCACUAGCAAAGCGAACAGUGCUAACUAAGUACGCCACAGCAAUCCCCCACUCGACGAAUCAGCAAAUUUAUAAUAUGGAGCAACGAGUCGGCCAACAAGCGAGCAAGCCACCACAGGAACAGGCACAGCAACAGCAACAACACCAGUUGCAACAAAGCCAAGUGCUCAUUACACCGCUUAGUGAUCACCUGCAGGCCUCCACAUCGCAACCUAUGACAUCUUCGAAGGCCACACUUCCGUCAGUCGGCAAAGCUCAGCUGCGAAGUGUCAGUGCGAAGUCAACGACCAAAGUGGGUGCGAAGAAUGUUUUAAUCAAAUUUACAUGGGCAGCAAAAGCAAAAGCAUCAUCGGCUACAGCCACAGCAACAACAACAACAGCAACAAACCCUUUAUUGGCAGCUACAAAGACUAAAAGGGCAACAAAAAGUUUGAAAUCUGCAUUUGAGUGUCCAAGCACAGGACCAAGCGCCUACACAUUGAACGAUGCCACCGCGACUCUAGCAAACUGUGUGACCCCAGCAACAACCACAACAACAACUUCCACUAUAGCUUCAGUCACCCAUAUACCUGCACCAAUAACAACGGCAACAACAUUGAACACUUCAUGGGCAACAAUUUCUGAGCAACUACUUGCCACAAUUGAGCAGCUUUGCUGUCGUUCUUCAAAAUCUACUGCCAACAGCAACAACAAUAAUGCCAUAGCAUCCGGCUUUGUUUGGUUGUUGCCACUACUUUGCCUGUUGGCCGCAUUCGGUUGCGGCCAAGCUGGAUUUGCUUGCCUCAGUAAUCCUUGCGUUUUUGGUGUUUGCAUCGAUGGUUUAAAUAGCUCGUAUUCGUGCUACUGCAUCGAUGGCUACACAGGAAUUCAGUGCCAAACAAAUUGGGAUGAAUGCUGGUCGGGGCCCUGCCAGAAUGGUGGUACUUGUAUAGAUGGUGUCGCCUAUUACAACUGUACGUGUCCGGAUGGUUUUACUGGAAUCAAUUGUGAGGAAAAUGUCGAUGAAUGUAUGUCGAAUCCAUGUCAAAAUGGUGGACAUUGUCGUGACCGGAACAAUGGCUACACCUGCACCUGUCAGCCGGGCUACCUGGGUAUCAAUUGUGAAGUCGAUGUGGCUGUCUGCGAAACGGGCACUGGUGCGCGCUGUCAGAAUGGCGGUGAAUGCAUUGAGGGUCCCGGUCUGGAGUUCUCCUGCGAAUGUACUGCUGGCUGGCAUGGACGUAUCUGUCAAGAGGAGAUCAACGAGUGCGAAUCGGCGCCGUGUCAGAAUGGCGGUGUGUGUGUGGACAAAUUGGCAUCGUAUGUGUGCGCUUGUCCGAUGGGCUAUACGGGGAACAAUUGCGAAGAGGAGAUACUCAUUUGUGCCGACAAUCCAUGCCAGAACAAUGCGCUCUGUCUGAUGGAGGAAAGCAUACCGACGUGCUAUUGUGUGCCUGAUUAUCAUGGCGAAAAGUGCGAAUAUCAGUAUGAUGAGUGUCAAUUGGGACCGCGCUGUAUGAAUGGUGGCGUAUGCAUUGAUGGUGUUGACACGUUUUCCUGUUCGUGUCCGCCACUGCUGACGGGAAUGCUCUGUGAGUGCCUAAUGAUUGGUGAGGAUUCGUUGGAUUGCAAUUAUACAGUGACCAUAUCGACAAUGCCACCGACUACAAUAGUGCGUCCAAUGAUAACGACGAGCGCUGCGACUAUAACAACAACAACGGAAGCAACACCGCACGUAUCUGUGGUAGGGUUGGUGACUACAACAGCGCCAACGUCAGCAGUAUCUACUUCCGUCGAGACUGAAGAAACUGAAGAGGAACAAGGCGAAGUAGGUUCUGAGAAAGGAAAACCACCACCUGAGCAGGUGACAAAAACUAGUAGCUCCAUCUCCACCUCUUCUGAAGAAAAGACGCAUACCACAGAGUCAUCACGUUCGUAUACCGCAGAGUCAGGCAGCAGCGUUGAGUCAUCUUAUUCCUCAGAAGGCAGCGCGUCAGUGGAAGUUGGCACUUCUGAUGAGUACACCACAGUCGCACGCUUCGAUUCGCGUAGUAGUCAAGAGGUUGCCCCCACAACAGCCAAAACAGCGAUUAGUGGCGCAGAAUCAGAUUACACGCCCCCCUCCUUACCGGUUUCCAAAAGCAUUGAAUCUGAAGAGCGGCCGAUUAUCACAUACUCCACGCGGCCGCCAUUCAAGCACUAUGUAACGACAAUCGAAACCACUUUCUCUGUUGAUUUAUCCACCGCACGUCCCACCUAUCGACCAACAACAGCGAUACUCUAUCCCAGCAGCACAGUGCAUAUCCUACCCGCAUACCCCGGUAAGCACCUGCCCACAGAGUAUCCAGAGUACCCGGACCACGAAGUGACCACCACACCACAUCGUAUUUGGACGGACAAGAGCGUGCCAACUACAGCCGCGCCAUUUUUCACCGAAUACCCCGAAGUUUCCGCCACCACACGCUACAAGGACUUCAGCACGGUAACAACAGCGCGACCAACUACUUACCCACCACCACCACCACUACCGUCGGUGACACCAGCAAUUGUGCAUGGUGGCACCACAUUACGACCACAAAUAGGCGCCGAAACAAGUUCUGUGACAGUGACACCAACAGCUGGUGUGACCGCUGAGCGACCAGUUCAUCAUCAUCACCAUCAUCAUCACCACCACCACACCACACAUACACCGCAAACUGGUGUCGAGGACCGUACUCAUCCACCACAUACCACAGAGACGCAUUACCAUCAUGUCGAGCACACCACACAUCGUCCCUAUUAUCAUGUGGAUGAGGGCGUGCCAACAACAGCGGCGCCUCCCAAGGCGCCAACGGUAAUGGUCACCACAACACAUCCACUAUACACCGAAGAUUUGGUUAGUCAUACCACAACAUCGCGCCCAGCCACAACGACGGUCGCAGCAUCUGCAGCGCCAACAACUAUCGUGCCAGAGCCAGAAUCGGCAGAAGAGACCACACAGCCCCCACCACAACCACCAACAUUGCCACCAUCAUCAUCAACACCAGCCGCAACAACACCACCUCCACCCACAUUAGCGCCAACAACUACACCCGUCGCGGUAGCAACUUAUCCACCACCAACCGAACCAGCGCUCGCGCCUGUUACAGCGACACCGUCGUAUACCACGCUUCCAUCACCGCCAGCACCAACAGCUCCUUCGCCAUCGGUGCCUGUCUACAGCACUUACACGCCGCCCAGCAUCAAGCCGAUUACUACAACAGUGGCUAGUAGCGAAGAAGUUGAAAGCUCAAAUACGGUGGCAACGGGUGGCGAAGCGGGCACUGCGCGUGGUGGAGGGACGCCUGUAGGGGGCGCUGGAGGCGUUGAUAAUGCCACAGAGGUGGACUGUAUAAAGAUGGGCUGCUACAAUGGUGGUACUUGCGUGACAACAUCCGAGGGAUCACGGUGCGUUUGCCGCUUUGACCGCCAAGGUGCACUGUGCGAGUUACCCAUCAUCAUCAAGAAUGCCGCCUUCUCGGGCGAUUCAUAUGUUUCGCACCGCAUCCACAAGGACAUACCGCAUCAUGAGUCAUUGGAUUCGGUGCUGCCGAUGCAUGUGCAACUGAAGGUGCGCACACGUGCCACAAAUGGUCUGAUAAUGCUGGCCGCUGCUCAGGGUACCAAAGGCGGUCACUAUAUGGCCCUGUUCCUACAGAAGGGUCUAUUACAAUUCCAAUUUUCUUGUGGCUUGCAAACGAUGCUGCUGAGUGAGCUGGAGACACCGGUGAAUACGGGCAAUGAAAUUACCAUUCGAGCCGAAUUGGACUUCAGUCGCAAUUUCACGCAUUGCAAUGCAUCCCUGCUGGUCAAUGACACGCUCGCCAUGUCCGGUGAUCAACCUACUUGGCUGAAAUUAUUACCGCCGCGCAUGCAUACACCGGAGGUGAUCCUCAACACGUGGUUGCAUUUGGGCGGGGCUCCUCAGGCACCGAUUGGUCUCAUUAUUGAACUGCCACCAGCACAGAGUGGCACCGGAUUCACUGGCUGUUUGCAUUCGCUGCGAAUAAAUGAGGAAACGCGCGAGAUAUUUGGUGACGCUUUGGACGGCUUUGGUAUCACCGAAUGCGGCUCGCUCGCCUGCCUGUCGAGUCCGUGUCGCAAUGGCGCUGCAUGCAUCAAAAUCGAAACCAAUGAAGUGGACGAAAAUGGUGAGAAGGCAGAAAAGUGGAAGUGUAAAUGUCCCACAGGUUAUAUGGGUCCAACCUGUGAGAUAUCUGUCUGCGAGGAUAAUCCGUGUCAGUAUGGCGGCACUUGUGUACAAUUCCCAGGCAGCGGCUACCUUUGUCUGUGUCCGUUGGGUAAACAUGGACACUACUGCGAGCACAAUUUUCCUCCCCACACGGUUUCCCCGGCUACAAUUAAAAAUCUUACAGAUCUCGAGGUCGCCCUACCAUCGUUUUCGGGCAGCGUCAAUGGUCUCUCUUCGUUUGUCGCCUACACCGUACCCAUUCCACUCGAAUACUCGAUCGAGUUGAGCUUCAAAAUACUACCGCAGACGAUGUCACAAAUAUCACUACUCGCCUUCCUAGGACAGACAGGUUAUCAUGACGAGAAGAGCGAUCAUCUGGCGAUCAGUUUCAUACAGGGUUACAUAAUGCUCACUUGGAAUUUGGGCGGUGGACCGCGUCGCAUAUUUACACAGAAACCAAUCGAUUUUAGAUUGGAUGCGCCACGCGUACCCUAUGAGAUCAAAGUUGGCCGCAUUGGACGACAGGCUUGGCUCUCUGUGGAUGGUAAAUUCAAUAUCACAGGCCGUUCGCCGGGUAGUGUAAAUCGUAUGGAUGUUAUGCCGAUUCUUUACUUGGGAGGGCAUGAAAUAGCGAAUUUCAACACAUUGCCACACGAUCUGCCGCUGCACUCAGGCUUCCAGGGUUGUAUUUACGAUGUGAAUUUGAAAGCGGGACAGGUGACGGUGCCGCUGCAAGAGACACGUGGUGUGCGCGGACGCGGUGUGGGACAAUGCGGUACCAGGGAGUGCCACCGACAUGCUUGUCAACAUGAUGGCGCGUGCUUGCAACAUGGUGCAACUUUCACCUGUAUUUGCCAGGAGGGCUGGUACGGACCUCUUUGCGCGCAGCCAAUCAACCCAUGCGACUCAUUCAACAAUAAAUGCGCGGAGGGUUCAACGUGUGUACCGCUCGUGAAUGGUUACGAGUGCGAUUGUCCAGUGGGCAGAACUGGCAAAAAUUGUGAUGAAGAUAUUCGUUCGCUAAGCGAUGUCUCACUUACCGGACGUCGCUCGUAUUUGUCUGUACGCUGGCCCUACCUCUAUGAUAGCUCUGAUAAGCUGGGCUCCAAACGUUCACAAAUCAUCAGCUAUCGAAACUUCACGAAGAAACUAAUGCCACCGAAACCCAUCGCCUCUUCGAAUCAGCACUUCGUUAUGAAGCUGCUCAACGAAGUGGAAAAACAACGCAAUUUCUCACCUGUACCUCUCAUGGGCUCGAAGACGUUCGAGGAGCAUCAUCGCGUACAAUUCUUCUUCAUCGAGUUCCAAUUGCGCCCACUUUCCGAACGUGGUCUUCUACUUUACUUCGGCACACUGAACAACAAUCUGGAUAAGAAAGUCGGUUUCGUUUCACUCUCGCUACAAGGAGGCGUUGUAGAAUUCCGCAUAUCGGGCCCCAAUAGCCACGUGACGGUAGUGCGAAGCGUGCGUAUGCUCGCAAUUGGCGAAUGGCAUAAGAUUAAAAUGGCGCAACGUGGACGCUGGCUAACGCUGUGGGUCGAGGGUAGUGCAUCGUCUGCGCUGGCACCUUCUGCUGAGGUGCUUGUGGAGCCCGAUUCACUGCUUUAUAUUGGCGGACUGAAAGACUUAUCAAAACUGCCACACAAUGCUAUUUCUGGCUUCCCUAUACCAUUCCGUGGCUGCGUACGCGGCCUGGUGGUGAGUGGUACGCGUAUUGUGCUGAACGAAACUAAUAUUAUUGAUUCACGAAACAUUCGCGACUGUGAUGGCACUGCGUGUGGCGGUGAUUCUUGUGAAGCGGGUGGCCACUGUUGGCUCGAUGAAAAGCUGCAGCCUCAUUGCAUUUGUCCCGAGUAUGCGAAGGGCGAUCGAUGUGAAUAUUCAGAGAGUUGUAAACUGAUACCUUGCAAGAAUAAUGGACGCUGUUUGCGUAGCGGACGUUGUUCGUGCCCCAAUGGCUGGGGUGGAUUCUAUUGUGAAAUCGCCAUGAGUAAGCCCACUACGCCAAGCUUCCGUGGAAAUAGUUACCUGAUCUUGCCUCCGCCCCGCAUACCAAUGAAAGACAAACGUCGCGGCCCAUCAAUGUACGUCCGACCACGCGAAGCCAUUCAAGUUUCGCUAAAUUUCUCCACAAUCGAACCUGAUGGCCUACUGCUGUGGAGCGAGCAUGAUCGUAAUAAAUUUUUGGGUUUAGGCUUGGAAAAUGGUCAUUUGAAAAUGGCUAGCAAUUUGUUGGAUUCAAGUAAUGAUACAGUGCAGAUGCCGUCGACUGGUUUCAUUGCGGAUGGCAGUUGGCAUUUGGCAAAGGUCAUGAUGGAUCGCAAUCGUUUGGAGUUGCAGUUGGACGGCGAAGUGAUAUUCUCUGAAAAGGUUUUGGAUGCGGUGGGCACGGGCACGGCACUGUCCACCACGGAGCGUACGAUGUUAACGACGCGUCGCUCGUUUGCGACGCGACGGGGUAAAGAGCCAUCAAUUACCUACGAAGAUGUGUUCUAUUUGGGUGGCUUCCCCAACCAAGAGCUGGUGAGUGAACGCACACUCGGCCGUUUCAACGAACCAUUCAAAGGCUGUUUGCAGGAUAUACAAUUCGGCGCUGAACCCAAUGCGGUCAUUACUGACUUUUCGCCAUACAAAGGUGAGAAUAUUGGCUCAUGUGAUCUGCAUGGAGACGAACCGAUGGUUGUUGUAUAGGAACGGAAAGAGCAAUGGUAGUCAAAAAAAGAAACAACAAAAUAACGAUCUCCGAUAAUAACUAAGCUUAGCAACAAACGGCGAGAAUAAUAACAACAACACGGUAAAGCAAAUUGGACGCCAUUUUAUAUUUGGAGAUUUUAAGUUGAGUGGAGAAAUAAGGGAAAACUGAUGUUGCAGUUUAAAAAGAACAAAAACAGAACAUGGUCUUACAAAAUUAUACUACAACAAAAGACGAAAGCAAAUAAACAAUAAAACAAAAGUAAUAAAAGUGAGUUAAAAAAAAAUUAAAAUAAAAAACUAAAAAAAUAAUAUUUAAAAAUAUAAGAAAAUUAAAAAAUAAUUUUGUAAAUUUUAUAAAAACAAAGCGAAGCGAUGAAAUUGAAAUGAAAUUUUAAACCUUUUAGAUUGUAAAAACAAGCAAGCAGACAUAUUUGGAAAUUAAAUUUAGUAGACGAGGCAUCAUAAUACAAUACAUACAUAUAUAGGAGUAGAAGAAAAAGAAGAAAAAAUUAGUUACACAGUAAAAAAAAUUUUACAAAACGAGUUGCUAUAGACUUUCCUCUCUCAUACAUGCAUAUAUUUAGUGAUAUACAAACAUACAUGUGUACUCGUGGUUAAUCAACAGACGAUUGUUGAAUAAAAAAACGAAAAAAAACAAAAGUUGCAAAAGUGGAAGCAGGACGCUAAGAAGUAGCAGAAAUAUUUUGAAGAUAAAAAAUAAUAAUUAUAUUUAUAUAAAAAUAAAACUGAAAAUGAAAAAGAAAAUAAAAGUACUGCUAAUUGGUUAAAUAGUUAUGCGUAUUUUUUCGCUAAACGAAUUGUUUGAUAUUAAAUUUUAUGUUGUUGAAUUUGUGCCUAUUGUAUUUAAACUCAUAGUUAUGUGUAAUUUGUGCCGACUCUUUUAAAUUUAUUUAAUAAUGACAUUGUGCGAGUUCAAAAAUUUGCUCAAAGAUUUCGAUUUGGUGGGCGAUCUGACCUAAUUGCGAACUUCUAAAUCCACUGGCGUUCUCAAUUUUGUUAGAUUUGAUGCAGAUUUCGAGAGAAUAAUAAAUAUUUGAAUUUUUUCUUGGGGCUGCUGAGAACUCAUUUACGUUAUAAUUUUAAUUGGCCGUACAUUUUAAAUUUAAAUUAAAUUUCUUCUUUUUUUAUCAAAUUUAUUUCAAUUUGAAAUUUUAUUUAUUUAUUUUUGUAAAUAACUCCACAAUUUUAAAGCUAUUCUACUAAAAGUUUACACAGUACUGCUCUUUUUUUCUAACAUAACCUCAGUUAUUUCUGGAAAUCAUUUAAAUUAAAUCACUUUAACAUUCCAUAUAAUAUAAGAUUAUUUUUAAAUGAGCUCUCAGCAACCCUAAGGAAUUUUCAAAUAGCGUUAUCUCGAAAACUGUAGUCAAUCUGACAAAACGGAGAACACCAUUGAAUUCAUAAAGCCGCAAAUAAGAACGAUCGACUAUCAAAUCAAAACCUUUGCCCCACAAAUAGUUUAAAAUCACACCACAGUGUUAUUACAUACAUAUAUAACUACAUGCAUAUGUGUAUGUAGUGUAGAGAAUUUCGAAACGCUCACCACUCGUGAACCGAUCAACUGCCCCCUCUUCUGCCAUUAAAUUUAUAAGUGUUAUUGCUAUUGAAUUAGUCCGAACAUUGCAUUUGUUUUAGCUUUCUUAGUAUAUCUAUUCUAUCUACAUACACACACAUACAUACAUAUCUCCUUAAAUCAAUUUGCUGCCGCCCCUUUUUUUAAACUACUAGUAAAUUUACUUACUCGCUACUCUUGCAUCCACAAAAUCUAAUAUGAAGCCAUUUUGUUGCCUUGUAGUAGUUUUUAUUGAAUUUAAUCAAGCAAAUAUUAAAAAAAGACAAAAAAAACAACAAAAAACUAAAUCAAAAAUAUUUAGCAUAGAAAUGCGUCACAUGCUGCUGACUCCAAUUUAAUUAGCCUAUUCUAUUCCGCAAAAUGUUUACUUAUUAACUAUUUAUUAUAAAUAAUUAUACAUGCAUACAUACAUACUUAUGAUCGAGUACUCACCACACACGAGUAUUGAGAGAAAAGUAAAUAAACAAUAAAACAGUAAACCAAAAUUCAGCAAAAUUAUAACUACCAUAAAGAAGUUUAAUAGAUUGCAUUGAAAAAAAAAUUUUUUAAAGCGAAAAUUGUAUUUGAAAAAUGCAAAAGAUUGAUAAGAGUACAUAAACACAUACAAACAUGUGUACGUUUACAUAUAUAGAAAUAAAUACAGAAGUAAAAACGUUGCAUAUAAAAACUUAUACAACUUAAAAAAAGGAACUCGAAUUGAAAUACUAGUAAGAAAUUGAAAAUAACUAAUAAUUAUAAAUACAAAACAAAAAAUACAAAUCGAUACGUUGGCAGUUGUAAACAUAUGUUUGAUUACGAACAACAAACAAAAAAUUGUUCUUCUAUUAAAGAAAACCAAAACCAAAAAAACACAACUAUUCAAUUAAUAAAAAUUGUAAUCACAAAAGUUUAUUUCGGAAGGGAACUUCAUAGAAUUAUUAUUUAAAUAAAACGGUUAAUAAAAAAUUUCCAAAAAUCA